UGUGGUGAAGAUACAGAGAAGAGAAGCACGGGCUCCUUAUGGGGCUUCAGGCCGGCAGCCUCCCUUGAAGGAAGGUGUAAGUCGCACACAGAGGAGAGGAGCCUCAGCCUUGGGAAGGCUUCACCUGCCGUCCAGCAGUGCAGGGUCAGGAGGAAGACGUGCCCCAUCUCACGUAGAGAGCGGAACGUCUCGGGGUUCCCUGGCAAGGGAGAAGGGACUCCCCGAAGAAAUAACUGCGCACACCCAAGUGGGCACUUCUGUUUUGAGCCAGUCCUCUCUUCCUACUUUGGAGAUGGGAGAAGAGACCACACUCUCCAGGAAGAGAAAUUCCCCAGACCCAGAUCUCUCCUGGCUGCAUUUGUCUAGGACCUCGGCUUCCUCCGCUCCCUCAGAUCAUUCCGCAACUUCUGGGCACGUGGAAGAGCUAAACAACUCCACCGCUCUCCAGAGCCCCUCCGUCAGUCGGACAAAGAGUGUGCAUGUUGCCACCACGUUCCCCAGUGGUGUCCCAAGGGCAAUCCAGUCUUUAACUGUCAGCCUGGGACCCCAAAAUGAGACAGAGACUUACCCUGAGGAUUCUGAAAUUGCCAUGACUUCAGCACCAGUCCAUUCUUCACCCUCUGAGGCAGAAUUGAGAAGAAACAGUGAAGUAAUCAGGAAUCCAGGGGAUAGGGAAUUCAGUGAGCUGUCCACAGAAAAUGGAUUUGGCCUUACAUCUUCCGAGGGCUCAGUGGGAUUUUGGCAGAAUGAUUCCCCAAUCUCAGAAGGACACCAGCUGGCCAGUAGCUCUGAUGCAGCGAAUGGAAGCGCCACGUCUCAGACUGAGACCGUGUCUGGGUCGGUCCUGUCUGUCGGAGGCAGAGAGAGCACUGCACACUGGUUGUGGACCAACAGCAAGAGAUUCGCAGAUGUGACAGGAAGCUCUACUUCCUAUCCUGAAGUUGUGAACUCUUCAGUUUUGACCCAGUUCUCAGCCUCUGCCCCGCAGUCUAGAGGAAGUGAUACAGCCCUGGGUGAAAGGAGUUACUCUGAUGACUUGUCCUCAUCCUCCUCAGAAAGCCUGGAGUCCUCAGCACCACGUGGUGAACGCUCGACCACUGAAGAUAGUCCUGAGCUGGGAGUCAGUGCCGACUCGCAGGAAGGCUCCGAGGGGACAUCCGGAGCUCGUGCUCACAGCCCGCACACUUCAGCUACUUUCACUGGAAACGGAGAGCGUACAUUGCGAUCUCUUCCCAACGGGAGCACGACAUCUGGGGAUGUGGGGCGCUCCGCAGAGGUGCCUGGAGAAACAGAGAGUGCCACUCUGCACAGGAACGUGACCGCGACUGGUGGCGCCCACCUGGUCUCGGGUUCACUGGCAUCCUCACAUGCUCUCGGAGUCACUGGGAUUAGCUACGAUCAAGUGAGCGGCACUGAUAUUGAACAGAGGACUUCCAGCGACCACACGGACCACGCCUAUGUCUCAUCUGCCUUCACCAAGGGAGAACGAAUGUUGCUAUCCAUCACAGACAACAGUUCGUCCUCGGACAUGAGGGAGAGUUCGACCUCUUCUCUUAAGAUCUCAAACUCUUCACGUUCAGACUAUUCUUCCUCUUCUCAGGUUCAGACUGAAAGAAGUAAUGUCUCAUCCUACGGAGGGGAAUAUGCUCGGCCUCCCACUGAGUCACCGGGUCUGCGUACAGCCAACCUUCCAUCCUUCACACCCACCAUUAAUAUGCCAAACACCUCGGGUCUUCUGGACACCGAUACUGGAUUGGCUGGUGAUUCUUCUUCGUCAGGGCCCCCUUUGCCUGUGCCCUCCGUGUCGCAAUCCCACCAGUUGUUCUCAGCCUUACCAUCAACCAGGAGCUCUGCUCAUGCACCCACCCCUGAUGCGCCCACACCUUUGUCUUCCUCCCCACCACCUUUGCUAAUAUCUCUGACAGUCUCUAUCCCUGGCUCUCUGUCCGUGUCCCAGACAACCCUACCACCUUCACCUUCUACCUUGGUCCCGCCCAGAGCAAGGGACACUUCUGUGAGUGCAGCUCAGACGUCGACAAUGACGUCAUCUGUGGCAAUGCCCUCCAGUAGUCAAACAGCAGAUCCUAAGAGCCAGAGCAACCCACGCCACAGGAAAAUGGUCACGGAAUCAAAGCCACUGCGCCUGGAGUCUCUGCCCACAGAGGCCACCGAAGCGGAAACAAUGAGCUCUACUUCGGGGAUCCCUUUGCCCCCGACUUUAACGGAAUUCUCCACUGAGCAAACCCUUCCAGGCACAAGCACCAGCUUGGCCCAAACGCCUCCAGCUUUGACAGUCACCACUCUCAAGGCCUCUCAUCCCCCUGUGCCCACUCCCAGCCCCCAGCCUAGCACUGCAACUCUAAUGGCUGGGCCCACAACAGUGCAGACUACAGCAGGAAAUCAGCUCUCGCCAAGCAGUCCUGAAAUUCUAGUGCCACAGAUCUCAACAGUAGGUACUGUCACAACCAAAAAGAACCAAGUGCAUAUAGAGGCUACUACCCAGUUGAUCCCCCUGAUCACUGUACCGACAUCAGCAAAAACAUUGACCACAGGGAGUGGCGUUUCAGAAGAGUACAGUCCGGCUUCGCAGUUCCCCAGAACGUCUCCUUUUCCCCAUAUCACAGAUGUUUCUACAGCUGAAGUGCUGACUCCCAAAUCUACCACCUUCCUUGCUCAGAGCAGCACACAGUCACCGACGGCACUGUCUUCUCCAGACUCAGGGAACAGCUGUGCCCCUAACCCUUGUCUUCAUGAUGGGACGUGCAUUGUGGAUCGCAGCGGCCGUGGGUUUCAAUGCGUGUGCCCACCUUCCUGGCAAGGGGAUGACUGCAGUGUGGAUGUGAAUGAAUGCCUCUCGAACCCCUGCCCACCCCUGGCCAUGUGCAACAAUACUCAGGGAUCCUUUACCUGCAGAUGCCCAGUUGGAUACCAGCUGGAGAAAGGAAUAUGCAAUUUGGUUAGAACCUUUGUGACAGAGUUGAAAUUAAAGAAAACAUUUCUUAAUGCCACCGUGGAAAAACAUUCAGACCUACAUGAUUUUGAAAAUGAAAUCACCAAAACGUUAAAUGUGUGUUUGUCCGUGUUACCUGGUUAUACCCGAUCCGCAGUUCAUGCUUCUAGAGAGUCCAGCAUGGUGGUCAUGUCGCUGCAAACCACCUUUUCCCUGGCCUCCAAUGUGACUCUGUUUGACCUGGUCGACAAGAUGCAGAAAUGUGUCAACUCCUGCAGAUCCUCUGCUGAGGUCUGCCAGCUCCUGGGAUCUCAGAGGUGGAUCUUUGGAGCGGGCAGCUUGUGUAAGCGGAAGACUCCAGAAUGUGACAGAGAGACCUCCAUCUGCUCUGAUCUGGAUGGCGUCGCGCUGUGCCAGUGCAAGUCGGGCUACUUUCAGUUCAACAAGAUGGAUCACUCCUGCCGAGCGUGUGAAGAUGGAUAUAGGCUUGAAAAUGAAACCUGUAUGAGUUGCCCAUUUGGCCUUGGUGGUCUCAACUGUGGAAACCCCUAUCAGCUUAUCACCGUGGUGAUUGCAGCAGCAGGCGGUGGGCUUUUGCUUAUCCUAGGCAUUGCACUGAUUGUUACCUGUUGCCGAAAGAAUAAAAAUGACAUAAGCAAGCUCAUCUUCAAAAGUGGGGAUUUCCAAAUGUCCCCAUAUGCUGAGUACCCCAAGAACCCUCGCUCACAAGAAUGGGGCCGAGAAGCUAUUGAGAUGCACGAGAAUGGAAGUACCAAAAACCUCCUCCAGAUGACGGAUGUGUAUUACUCGCCCACAAGUGUAAGAAAUCCUGAACUUGAACGAAACGGACUCUACCCGGCCUACACUGGAUUACCAGGAUCACGGCAUUCUUGCAUUUUCCCAGGACAGUAUAACCCAUCUUUCAUCAGUGAUGAGAGCAGGAGAAGAGACUACUUUUAAGUGAGAAGACAGAGGGGCCCAUUGCUGUGAGCGAGUGGCCCGGGACCCCUGUUGCUCAGAGGACUGCACCAGGGGGAGCACCGCCGGCUGGCUGCUCCCAGGACUUGGGGAGCCACACUGGAGUGGCAGGAGAAAGUGGGACAGGCGAGAGGGGCGUGACCACAGUGGGAGGAGACAGAUGGAACCUGUGGACAUGGCACCGCAGGCUGCUCAUUUGUUACUGUGAAUGUGAACAUAGGCCAGUACCAGGGGCGUCUCUGAGUGACCGCAGCUUUGGCCACUGGCUCCAGGGAUCAUGUCUGCGAGGGCAGAUCAUUAGGCAUCGUUGCAAGGACCCAGUUUUUUCUUAGUUUGCACUUUAGUAAAUUGGGUAGUGAGCUCUCCUUUUGGAUGUUUUUCAAGUCUGUUCCAUGAAGGCCUCUUUCCCCCAGACAUGUCCAUAGGCCUCAGUUUGGUGAAUCAUUUACAGCAAAAUCCUGGCUUUUUAGUUGUUUUCCUACCCAUGUGCUAUACAACCCAUGUGGUUUGGAGAUGCUGUAGGUUAAGUUAACAAUAUUUUAAUAUGUUUCUAGGUCUUGUGCUACGGUUUCCAAGCCAACCCCCCUAAAUGAAGCAUUGAAAUCUGUGAGAUUUCACAGCACACAACCCCAGUUUCCUUUUUUCAUCAGGGUGACACACUGAUUUAAGAUUGGUUUCCUUUUUUUUUUUUUUUGAGACUUUGCCAUUAAGUCUCAGAUAUGUCUGGGUCAGAGCAAAACGGCUCCCAUUUGGUUUUAGUUAGAGGCAUCCAGCUGCCCCAUCGUGAGGUCCAGCAGGCAGCUCCGGGCCCUGGAGGAAGCCCCAGAGCUGCAGGUGCUGGGGCAUGGCAUGGUGUCAGGGACUCUGGAUUUCGUCUUUGAGGCCGAGGCCGCUCCAUAUGGAGUAGAAAUGGAAAGCUGAAUGCAGGUUGGAUCUGAGCUGGUAUUUCACCACUAAAGGAAAAGCAGCUGGUGUAGUCCCUACAGCUGAAUGUGGUUAGAGGAAUGGGCUGAAUACGCAAGUUCCAUUUCCUGAAACACCAAGAGCUUUGGGAAGCCGUGCGGAUUCCUGAGGAAGACUAGAGCUGGGACGGAGCCACACAUAAGUCUGCUUACCUGCUAGCGCCGCGACUUUGCUUCAAUCCCUGAUCUGGCCCACAAACUCGGUGUAAACUUUUCAACCAAUUGCUCAAAGCUAUUUAUUCACUGAAGACGUAACUUAUUUUCACUCAUCCAAUAAUUUGUAUCUCUUGCUACGACUACAUAGUUCUCUCCAGAAAUAUGGUUCUAAUUCAAGUCAGUAUUGGAGAACUAAAAAGACUUCUGGCCAGGUAGGGGGUUGAGAGUUUGCCUGUGGGAAGGAUAUUCCACGUGUCUUAUUUAUUAUCCCUGUGACAUGGGUCCUGAGAGAGGGGCACAUCCAGUGCCCAACGUCUUUAACUGCUCCGCAUGGAACUGUGAUUAUUCUCAUCACCUGCUUUUGAAAUAUCCUAGUUUUGGAUAAAGUGAAGAGAACACAGAGGAUUGUAUUCUUACUCUGAAGCUUGCAGCUCUGUGGCACCCACAUUUUUGGAAAUGGGGUAGCCUUUGGGGACAGUUCUGUCCUGGGCAUGGUUGUUUCUUCAAGGUUCUCUAAUCUCUUCAGAAUGUAUCCAAUCCUUAUUCUUAUGUAACUCGCAUCCUGACAGUUUUAAGUGCAAACUCCUAUAUCCCGUGGUCUCCACAAGUCAUCACUCUGUGGCAGCAGGAAUGCUAGUGAGGUGUGAGGCCUCUUAGUAGUUAAACUGAACUCAUCUCACAAGAUACAUACAAAAAGAAUUUUGUUUUUGUCAGUGAAUGCCCACUUAAAAUUCAGACCAUCUCCUUUUUGAAAUCUUGGGUCCUGCAUCUUUCUGUCGACCCGUUCAUACAGCCCUUUGUGCCUCAUGGCCUUGCAUCUAACUGGAGAGUUCCAGGCUCCUGCGCUCGGCUCACCUGAGCCAAGAGCCUUGAUUCCUCCUGAGCUGGCCCAGCUUCCUGGUUCUUGAUCAGAUCCUUGCUCAUCUGCAGGACCCAGAGCCAUGGUGGGGGUGCCAUUCCCAGGUACAUGCGUCUGCCAUCUUUAGCUGACAUCACAGCUGACAAAUCAUCUCCUAUAUCAGUGCCAGAAGCUAUAAGCUCCACAAAACGUAGUGUUCUGUCCCAGAAGCAUCCUUGAGAAGAAUCCCAAAGUCCAGAAAAGAAUGUCCUGUGAGUUCCAAGGUUGCUUUUCUGUGAAUGGGUUUUGUGCGUAUGAAGUGGAUUAAGAAUGUUGUUUUUCUAUUGUGAAAAAAGCAGGCACCUUGCAAGAUUGAGUUCAUGUAGUAUCUGCAAUUUCUAGGGGGCUUGUGGGGGUGGGGAAAGUGCACCUCCAGAGUGAGAGGGUCUAAGAAGGCAUGAAAACAAUGUGACUGUUCGGCAGUGCCAACUGCCCAUCCUGGGUGAGGAAGGAAGGGGCUGCCUCGACUCCUGCUUGGAGGUUGUACCUCCAGAAGGGUCCUGCCUGGGCCCAGGGAAACACCUGGUAGGACAGCUGCAGCCUCUGGACUGAGGGCACAGGGCUAGAUGCACCCUGGCAAGCAGAAGCUCUGAGCUCUGGCACAGGAGCGCAAUGUCAGCCCACACCCUUGGAAUGUGUGAUUCAUGCACACAGAAAUGCCAAGGUCCUGUUUCAGGGCCCCACAGCUGGGAUAAGGUGGGAGGAAGGGAAAAAUGACUCUUAACUGCCCACGAGACACUUAAACUUCUAUAGGGAAGAGUGGGGCAAAAUGGAACCCAUGCAUCCAUCCGGUAGCAUACUGGAACAAGGUGACUCAGAGCAGGGCGGUGAUCACCUGCUGGCCUCCCAGCAUCUGUGGGUUUUGUUGACGCUCCUAAACAAAAGGUCUUAUUUCUCGUGUCUUUUCCUCUUUCCCAUGAGCCAGCCAGGGCAUUAGAGACAAGGUAGGAAGUCUGAAUAGUCACAGCGAGCCUCUCUGGUUUUCCCACCAUAGCCAGACUCCCUGCAAGGUACUUGGCCUCACCACACCCUUUAUGAGGUCGGCACGAGCGUGCCCAUUUCUUGGAUAUGGGAACCUUCAGAAAGGAGAAACGUCUUGCCUUAGAGAGCCAGAAUUCAAGUCCUUCUGCCAGGCUUGCUCUGCCCACUGUACCUCCCCGCCUCACCUUCCUGGUGAUGCCUCACCAUCCAGUGGACUUUGUCAAAGAGGGCGUGAGAGAGGGGGCUUAAAGUGUAAGUUAAUCUUUAUAAAGAACCUUAAUAUUAUUAAGCAGUAACUAAACUAAUGAUAGGAAGUGCAAAAAAUAGUGGGUCCCCUUUUGAGAAAGUCCUUUCAGGUUGGUUGUUACGUGUACUUCUUGGACACUUGUGGUCAUCAUGAACAAAAUAGUGGCUGGCUCGUGCUUAGCAAGAAGCAUAUUGGUACGUGGCUUUGGGUGUAGGAGGUAUAAGGUGAUGACCUGGGUUUUUGACAAACACAGCCGGACUUAGAUGUCCAUCUGAGGGCCACUUUGCCUUUUUCUUGUGGUAAGGGCAUGGCUCCCACAUACUGGAAGCGUAUUUUUUUUAAUGUUAUCAGAGUUGGGAAAAUAUUCAGUUGAAUGUUGUAAAUGCUGACAAGUCUUCCUCCUGUGGCAAAAGUUUAUUUUCAGAAGCAGUUAAGUCAUGUAGAGUUCAAAUUGCUGAGUGGAUAGUGUAAUCAAGCUGGCUGAUAGCAUUUAGGGUCAAAAACUGAGAUGUGAUUAUUAGGUUCUUGAAGAGGUAAUUGCUCAAGUAAGCCCAAAAGGGAGGGCAGCAUCUUUGCAACACAGGGCUCAAUGGCUGCCCAAGAAAGUGUCUUUGAAGGAUGAUAUUUAUGCAGAUGUGAGAGUCCCAGAGCAGACAUGGUAGGGGAAUCCCUUGCACAUGACUUUUGGGACCGCUACUAAGCCAUCUUGUCCAGUGGUGAAGUGCCUGGGUGUUCUGUAGCUCUAUGAACUUCGCCUGGAAAAGCAAGAACUGUAUAGUCCAGUUGCUCCUGGCUUAGUUUAGCCUAACACACCCAAACCCUGGGUUCGACCCGUAGUUCUAAAAUACUUACACUGGUUUCAAAACUAAAGCACUUUGGAGAGAGAGAGAAUUUCAGGAUUUUCCAUCUUGUUUAAGACUACCCUUAAUAUCAGAUAUUUUUUUUCUAUGUGAAAAUUUUUGUGGGGAUUAGAAGGGACAUUCCAUUUUCUCCUUCUUGAUGAAGCAUCCUGAGGUCCUUGUGUGCAUUUUUGGAAAUGGAUACACAGUUUUGUAGAGUUGGUUUUUGAGUACUAUAUGUGUUCCGUUUUUUCUCUCUCUCUCUCUCUCUCUCUCUCUUCGCAAAUCCCCAAGGAAACUGGCUCAAAUACUAGGAACAUUGAAGGAUUAAAUACCAGUUAAUUUGUUAUGCUGAAGUAUCUUUUCAAUAGUGUUACAAUCCAUCUUAUUUGGUAUAAACUGCUCACAGAAAAACCUGUGAAACCGCAAGGGACAACUUAGGUCUGAAAAGAAACAAAUCUGUGACUGACUUUAUCCCGUUGGCAUUUUUAAAGAGGACAUAUUAGAUUCUGGUUUUAUCACUGUUUUUUAGACACGUCUAAUGCGUUUCAGAUGUAGUCAUUGGGUAGGAAGGCUGGGACCACACAGUGAUAUGAUGGAACCAGUGUACCUGGGAAAAUAACCUGACUCAUUGAUCUUUCUGUAUUACCUUGGCCUGUUUCGUUACAAAAAGAUCUUUCAUCAUGAGUGGCUGUUACGUUUUCUUAAUAUUUGUGUUGCUAGAUUUAUGGUUAAAUGAAGCAUAUAGCUGGAAUAUGAACUUUCUGAGUUUUCACAUACUGGAUUUCUCUUUGCAAACCUUUACACCUUAGCCCCUGAUUGAUUGUGUUAAAUCCAUUAUGAGAAUGUUAUUUAAAGUUGUACUAUAAUUACAACCUCCACUAAUUAUUCAGUACUGUAGCAGCAAAGUAUUAUUUGUAAGAAUUGGGUUAUUUUUAUACAUAUCCACUAUAAGUCUGGCGUUCUAGUCAGUAAAAUGAUGCAAUAAAAUAAAUAUCAUUUUUGUUA